ACAAGCGCACGGAACUUUCCGACCCCGCAUCUUUUCCGGCCAGCUUGCGAACGAGCUAAUUAAUCUAAAACCCAUUAUCUAGAAAUCCUCUAUUUCUUGCCGAGAUAAAUAAGUAAAAUGUCUACCAGCACUGAAAAACUUAGGAAAGCGACGCUUAAAGUAACCCCGUCGUCGCGUAAGACGGCUGGGUCCACAUCGGGGCUUCUUCGCGUUAACACGCGGAGCGCUGCCGCCUCACACAGCCGGAAGAGCUUCAGCCUGGCAGGAGACAGCAGGCUCCUGGAGAAAGGUCCGGCUCCAGUGACAGGACGGGGCGUGCAGGUUUUCGAUGAGAGUGGCAAUGAUGUCACCCCUCGUCCCCUCUGCCACCCUGACCCAGCCACUACGCAGCCCCGACAGACCAAAAUCUUUGCUGCUCAAGACGCCUCCGGCGCAAGUGUCUCGGAUUUUCUUUCCACCACUUUCCAAACCACCAAUACUAGUUUUGCUGGGCCAUUUACCAGGUCUGUUUUAGAAAGCAGUGCCAUGUCUAGAUCAAGCCAGUCCACGAUGGAAUCACUGAAUGACGAAAUUGAGGACUCGUCUGCUAAAUGUAGCAUCUCAGUCAGCCUAUCAGACCUGCAGGUGAAAAAGGAGGAAGGAAAAGAAGUGAUGCGAGAAGAUAUGUUGGAUGAUGUAGUGGAAAGGUAUCUAACGGAAACGGGGACCUUCUGGUUACUUGACAUGCCUGCCGUCUCUGUGUCGGUGGACGCCGCAGAAGCUGAGAGUGUGAAAGAGAGAAACAGGGCCUACAUUGAUCUCUGUAAAAAUAGAAUGGGGAAUGACAAAUAUGUAGAAAGGGGGAUGCAGACCUUUAACGGGGCCCUAAAAACGAAGGAGCUUCAGAGUGAGGCCGUCUCAUUGGCUGACGCAGCCGUCAUGGCCACCACAUGGGACAUGUAUGACACUUACUCUAGCGAUGGCGGAGUCGGAGAGGCUACAGAAUCUGCAGAUCAGUCUACCAGCCCUGACAUUAUCUUGAGCCAAAGCCGUGAAUCAAGCAAGACUCCCGAGAGAACCAUGUCUGUUUUAAGCUCUACAAGUAUGGCAAGCAGCUUGAGUUCCCAAAAGGAGACGGCGGCCCUCUUCACCCUGAGCGAGGACAAGGCCAGCCCUCAGCUCCUGCUCCAGUCCGAGAAGUUUCAGCAGGACCUGUGCGUGAUGGAGAGGGUCGUUCUGCAGAACAUCUUCCAGGCCAGGCUGGCGGCCUACCGACGGCUCCCGGUGAUGAAAGAUCCCGAUACUCUUCACAAGCCUUCAGAGACACUGGGAGUAGAGAUGGGCGCCGUCCCUCCGGCUCCUGCACUGGAGCUCCUGUGGUCCUUCAGCUGCGAGCUGACAGUGGGCCAGAGCGUCAGCAGCAUGGCCUGGAACAAGAAGAACCCGGAUCUUUUGGCUGUGGGAUAUGGGCAGUUUGAUUUGAAGAAUCAGAAACCAGGACUGAUCUGUUGCUGGUCUCUGAAGAACCCCAUGUGGCCAGAGAGGAUAUUCCCCUGUCAGAGUGGUGUGACGGCUCUGGACUUCUCCGCCAGCCACCCGGGUCAGCUCGCCGCGGGCAUGAACGACGGCAGCAUCGCCGCAUUCAGCGUGCAGAGCCGGGAGAGGACUGCGGUCCUGGACAGCAGCGAAUGCCCACACAAACACAGCGGCCCCGUGUGGCAGGUGAAGUGGACUGACCAGGACAGCGGUCCAUGGGGGGAGGACAAAGGAGAGACACUUGUUUCUGUGUCUGCGGACGGCAGGAUCAGCAGAUGGAUCCUCAGGAAAGGCCUUCAUUGCAUGGAUCUACUCAAGCUGAAGAGAAUCGGAAGCAAGGCAGUCAGGAAACAGGGAGGGGAGAAGACGCGCAGGAGUGAGGCAUACAUAUCUCGACAGACCGCUGGGCUUUGUUUCGACUUCCAUCCCAGGGACCCUAAUAUCUACCUGGUUGGCACAGAAGAGGGUCACAUUCACAAGUGCUCCUGUUCUAACAACGAGCAAUAUCUGGAGACAUACACAUCACACAAAGGGCCUGUAUACAAGGUUACCUGGUCCCCCUCCUGCCCUGACGUGUUCCUGAGCUGCUCGUCGGACUGGACCAUCCGGCUGUGGAGACAGGACCUGCUCACCCCCGUGCUGGUCUUCACCUCCCUGCACAGAGCUGUGUUUGAUGUCUCGUGGUCCCUCAGGUGGGCCACUGUCUUUGUUGCUGUAAAUGAGGACCGGCUGGAGAUCUGGGACCUCGGUGCCAACAUUUUGGACCCUACCAUCGUAAGCUCAACACGCCCGGGGGUCAAGCUCACCUCGCUGCUGUCCGCCACCCAGACGGACUGUGUUCUGCUGGGGGACAGCAACGGCCACGUUGGCGUCUGUCAGCUGAACGAUCUGGGUGCUGGAGACUCGCAGGUAAAUUGGAAACACACUCAUAAUGGACGACAAGUAAAUAGCAACAGUACAUCUCAUUGUUUUGCAUGCAUUUGAUUAUUCGUUACAUUUGAUCAUUUUGGAACAUGUGAAAAAUUAUGGGAGAUUUAGCUAGUCACCCCCUAAGGCAUUUUCAGUUUUAUAUUGAUGAAAACAGGUUGUAGUAAGAGUAGCAAGAGGAUAUUUUUUUUUGUACUAAUACACUGAUUUUUGAUCCUUCAUCCCAUAUCCCAAGUUUUGCAUCAAUGUUUCACCCAAGGAUUAGAAAAUAGAAUACAAGCAUUCUGUGUCCCUGAGGUUUAAAAUCUGUUUUGAAGGUUUAAUUUUAAAGAAAUGAAAAGACAUGCGACAUCAUACUGAUACACAUUCUUGAUGCAUCUGCAGUCGUGUCCUAUAUGCUCGAUAAGGGUUCCCUGAUGAGGUGAUACAGUCCCACCUGUCAAUCCACUGUGGCAAGCUCUCACUUGACGUCAUCUGAUUUUGCAGGCGGGCGCAUUGGAGGAGAUCAUCAGAACAACCCUUCAGUCCAAUUGUAAUUAAAAUGAAAUCUUGGGGUUAUUUACGUGCUGCGCAUUCGAAAUAAAAAUUAUGAUGCAAUUACCAUCUCUAUUCUGUCAUUGCCAGACCGAGAGUCUCCUCUCAGGAAUCACAAUAAAAUUAGGGUACAACUUGUCUGGAACUCGCCCACAGACAGAUGUUGCCAUUAUCCUUGUCUAUUGAAUUUUAAAAAGUUCAGGGGCCUGUAGCAAAGGAGACUGAGGGGGGACAUGAUUCAGGUCUAUAAGAUUCUAACAG